AUGUCGACUAAGUUAUGGAGAUGGGUAUUAGGGUUGAUAUACAUAUUCGCCGUCGCCACGAUUUGGAUUGCGGCCAGUUUCGUAGUCCAGUCUGUUGUAGAUGCCGGCGUUUCACCGUUCCUGAUCACUUUUAUCUGCAAUUCACUGUUCGUCAUUUAUCUUCCCCUUUUCGAAAUCGGUCGAUAUCUGGAAGAUGCUUACGGGAGUAUAUUGUUCUGGAGAAACAAAAGGUCGCAUUUGCGGGAAUUGGUGGAAUCGGAAAAGGCUGUUCUUCUUGGACAGGAUGUUGUUUCAGGUGUGAAUACAGAUGCGGCUGAAAAUUCAGGGGUUGGUGUUGCGAGAGAGGAAGGAGAUAGUGAUGAUGGGAUUGAAUCUGGAUUGGAAAAUAUAGAGCUUGAGAUUGAUGAUGCUAGUGAUAAUGUUAGUGGUGAUAUCUCUAGUAGCAAAGGAUUAGAAGAGAAGGGACGUUGGACACGGAUGCGUGUUGCUAAAGUUAGCCUUGUGAUAUGUCCGUUUUGGUUCUUGGCACAGCUCACUUUUAACCUCUCUCUCAAGUACACAACGGUUACGUCGAAUACAAUCUUAAGCAGUGCAUCAAGCCUUUUCACGUUUCUUGUAUCAUUGAUAUUCUUGGGGGAGAAGUUCACGUGGUUGAAGCUCUUCAGCGUUCUUCUUUGUAUGUCUGGGACGAUAGUUGUGAGUAUGGGUGACUCGGAAUCAGACGCAACCGCGACAGCUAAAAACCCUCUUUUGGGAGAUAUUCUUUCGUUGAUCUCAGCGGCGCUUUAUGCUGUCUACAUCACUCUUAUACGGAAAAAGCUUCCGGAUGAUGAUGAAAGAAACGGUCGCUUUAGUAUGGCUCAGUUCCUCGGGUUUCUAGGUCUCUUCAACUUCUUCAUCUUCCUCCCCGCUGCUCUGAUACUCAACUUCACAAAGCGAGAACGCUUCAAUGCACUAACUUUGAAACAGUUUGGCCUAGUUGUUGGCAAAGGUUUGUUGGAUAAUGUGCUAAGUGACUAUAUGUGGGCAAAGGCAGUACUAUUGACAACAACCACAGUGGCAACGGCUGGGCUAACGAUUCAGGUACCAUUGGCAGCUAUUGUGGACAGCUUAUCAGGGAACAAGCCAAGCUUCACCGACUACAUUGGUGCUGCAGCUGUAAUGGUUGGUUUCGCAGGCAUCAAUAUUCCCUCUGAGGUGUUUUGCAGAUCCAAAGAGACUGCUAUUGAGUUGGAACCUGGGACUUCCUUCACAGAUCCUCCUCACAUUGUGUCCAACAGCACAAGAAGCUGA